CUUCCCUAUGUUUUCCGUAGUUUGGCGCGGCCAUGGGCGGCUACGACAUGCGUCGCAACAUGAGCGUGGCCUGGGACGCGGCGGGCCGCUACUCGACGGACCUGUUCACCGAGGAGGCCGUCCGCCUCAUCGGGGAGCACCCCGCCGACGACCCGGAGUCGCCGCUCUUCCUGUACCUGGCGCACCUCGCGCCGCACACGGGCAACCGGGACAACCCGUUCCAGGCCCUCGACGAGGACGUCGCCCACUUCGGCCACAUCGCCGACCCCGAGCGGCGCGUGUACGCGGCGAUGGUGCGCCGCCUGGACCAGGGCGUGGGCGAGGUGGUGGCGGCGCUGCGCCAGCGCGGCAUGCUCGAGGACUCCGUCAUCCUCUUCAUGUCGGACAACGGCGCGCCCACGUUCGGGAUCCACUCCAACCGCGGCUCCAACUUCCCGCUCCGGGGGAUGAAGGAGAGCCCGUGGGAGGGAGGUGUGCGCGGCGUGGCGGCGCUGUGGAGCCCGAGGCUGGCCGCGCCGGGCCGCGUGUCCAACGCGCUGCUGCACGUCUCGGACUGGCUGCCUACGCUGCUGAGCGCGGCGGGCGCCAACGCCAGCGCGCUCCCGCUGCUCGACGGCGUGGACCAGUGGGACGCGCUCACCCGCGGCGGUCCCUCCCGGCGACUCGAGGUGCUGCACAACAUCGACGACAUCGACAAGUACGCCGCGCUGCGCCGCGGGGACUGGAAAUACGUGACGGGGACCACGCACGAGGGCGAGGCUGACCACUGGUUCGGCGAGCAGGGCCGCGGGGUGCAGAACCCUCCGUACCCGCUGGACGCCGUGCUGCACUCCAAGGCGGGGGCGGCCCUGGCUGGGCUGGGCGCCGCGAUGCAGAUCAAGGGCGCAGCUCCCGACGGAUACUCGCCGCUGACGCGCGCCGCCGCGCAGCGCCUCCGAGCCGAGGCCGAGGUGCGAUGUCCAGACGUGGCCGACGACGACAAGGCCGUCGCCUGCAACCCGUUGGAGGCCCCCUGCCUCUUCAACGUACGCGAGGACCCGUGCGAGCGCGUCAACCUCGCCGCGGCCCGACCCCAGGUGCUGCUCAGCCUCGAGGAGGCCCUGGGUCGCUACCGCCGCACCAUGCUGCCCCCGGGCAACGUCCCCACGGACCCGCUGGCCAACCCCGCGCUGUGGAACGGCACGUGGACCAACUGGUGCUCCGAGCAAGACGACCAGCAGGACAGGCGGCUCCAGGGCGCCGUCGUGGCCCUGCACCAGCUCGACGAGCGUCGCCAGGGCCAGCACGAGCACCUGCCCGACGGCGUCAGCACCCUCGCGGCCAUGUCUCUGGCCACGGCGGCGGCAGUGCUGGCUGUUGGUCUUGUCAAGGUCAGUCCCCUGGUUGAGCUCAGCCUGGCGCCGCUUGUGCAGCGCGUACAGCGGACGACUUAGGACCCGACUCGCGGCAGACCAAAGCGACCACUGCAGUGUUCUCAACAACCUUCUUCCCGAGAAGGAUUUAUGUGAGCACAUCAAGUGACCCUUGCGUAUCGCUAGGCAAAUCUGAGAGCUCUUCGGGUCCUUCUUUGAAGGACCUGCAAGACCAAAUCUCAGGGGCCACGGAUUGUCACAUCACCGUGGUCACCACCUUCCCUCUAGUAUUUAAUCAGGAAGUAAGGGGAAGGCAAGUAAGUUAGCCGAUUCAGUUUCAUUACCAUUCCUGCUGCCUUUAUCCCGAAAGUGUCUACCGAUUGUGGUCCUGCCCCUCUUCCCGAGAUUAUAUCGAGGUGAUGGCGUGUAGGGUAGAGGAUACAGUGAUUGUCCGGGGUUCAGUGAUUGUCCCCUGCGACUUUGAACGCCCCUAGCGGGUAAACGGUACGGCGCAGGUAAACCGGGCACAGUGCCAUCUGUAGACAGUUCUUUUCACUACUGAGUCGCGCUACCGCCACCUCACCCGUCCCACUGUGAUGGGAGCUACAGCCGGCGCCGCUAGGGACUGCGCAGGGCGCAGACAGAGACGGACAAGGUGAGUUUCUUAGCGCUCGGACUAAGAGCAGAGGGUUAGAAUCG